AAAAGGAACUUGUUAAUCAUCAUGUCAAGCAGCCAUAGUUUCAAGCUUCGGUUUGAAAAAAUUGUUGUUUACUGCUGCUUAAAAUUUUCCAGUUCAGAGGAUGGAAAAAUACAAUACAAUGAAGGUCUGAACCAAGGACCAAAAGAUUUUCUGAAUCUUGGAGUCUUAUUAUCCAAGGGAUGAACAUUUCUCGCAUCUCUUGAUCACCUCAAAGAAACUUGACUGAAACGAGACUUGACUCCAUAGCUCCUGUUUAUGAAGAUAGUAGCUGCCCGCAAACGAUGAGAUUUGAGAAUGUAAUCGUUGUUUUUCAUAAAACGCUGCAGGGAACAACUGAUAAAAGUCUCGUAUCUCUCUUUUUUUAAUUGUAAUAAUAUUCACAAUACUACUUUUUUGCUAGUAGCCGGAAGUUGAAAGUAUGAAAAACCUUUCUACAUUUGCCGAUAUGCAAAUUUUUCUGGAAACAUGUAGAUUAAGGCCUUAACAACUUUAGCAGUUUAUUCAGCAUUUUCUUUGUCAACGUCCCUCUUAGAGGUUGAGAACGGGCUAUGCUCGAAACGUCGUUAAUUAUUUUAGAAAAAAAUUUUCCUUAUACAAUUUACUUACAUUGAUCGUUAUUUAAAUUCAUCAUAUUGUACCGCACGCAUUUUAGAAUAUUUAUGGUCUCUCUUAGAGUGUCUAGUUUCAGCAAUGUCUAGACUAGACGAGAAACUGUGAUUUUAGUAUGGCACUAGAACUAUAGUUUUAUAAAAAGGUUUGCAUCUAAUCUCGAUCUAUGCCUCCAUCAAUUUCAUCGUUUUAGAUGACUUACAAAAUUUCAAGUGCCUCAGUUGAAAAUGCACUUGUCAAGGGAAUCCUAAAUCCUAACUAUUCCCUGUUCUAUUGAAAGUUAAAACCAUUUAGUUUCAAUAGUUUUACAGCAAUCUAUAUUUAUAUUGGAGGCAAUUUUGAAUUUGAAAGCAAUUGGUGUGAUAUUGAAUGGAAAGAAUAAACGACUGGGAUGAAUAUUGCUAUACACAGCUGCUAAAUACCUUGUUUUAUUAUUUUCUGGUUACAUGUCUUUAUUUUGUUAUUUAGGGCUGAUACCAAUUUGCCCUUACUUUUUUAGAUUUCUGACGUAUAUGUGAAAUUCAUUAAGGCCACUCUCUUAUUAAGUCCCUUGAAUUUUCUCGUAAACUUCUGCCAAGGCAACCUGUUUACUAUUGAAUCGCAUCAGUUUUGAUCCUUGUUAGAUUAAACGAGAAAUGUGAUAACCAAAGGGUUUAACUCAAACUUCAAAGGCUGAAAGCAACAGCUUGCUUCUAUUGUGCUUUGAAUGGCCAAAAAGUUAAGCAAUGUGUAAUUGAUUUUACCGAUACCUGUUAAAAAGGUUACCAAGGUAUUAUUAAAUAUGAAAAUUCCAUUAAUUUAGUUGAAAAAUGAGGGUAAAAGCUAUAUAGAAUAUUUGUGUUAUGAAUAAUAGCCGUUGUUAUAGUUGUUAAAACUCUCUUUGAAGUAUCCAAAAGUUAUUCGAGGAGAUACAGUGUAGAACUUUAGUCCCCAAAGAAUUAUGGGAAAAAUUGCUUCGAGGGAACGGAUUUCUUGAAAAUGAACCCUUUUGAGCAGUAAGCUCUUGUUUUGUCACAAACAACCUGGUACCUAAUGCGUAUCAAACGAGAAUAGAGGAUACUUAAACUGCAACUUAAGCAAAUUGAUAAAAUAUUAGGCCCGCAAACUAAUUCUUCAAAGUCUGAAAGAUUCUUCUUCCUUGAUAAUGAUAUAGCACCAAUGAUAAUGAUUAUAAUGAUGAUUCCCUUUUCACUUCUUAUAUUAAAUGUUAGAUAUUCUUGUAAUCAAUCUAUUUGACAUUUCAUCAUGCACCUUUUUUAAUUCGGCAUUCAUGUACACGGGACAACCACAUAUCCUAUAUCAUAACAUGAAGGCACGGUGAAGUUUUCAAACACGCAUUAACAACGACCUCUUUAUAUAAGCAUACCCUCUUGGCAUUAAAUAUCCUAUUGAUUUUUAAUUGGCUUUUCUUAAAAUAUAACCCUAAAUUCUUUUUAAGCCAAUCAACAUGACAAUGAUUGUCCUUAUGCAACUAAAGACAUCCCGCCCAAUGCACACAGCACCAAAAUGUCAUUGUGAGCAGCCAGCAGGAUUCCGAUGAGGUAUCUGCUAAGUGGAGUAACGGUUCAAAAGGGAAUCAAAUCAAAUGAGAAUACCUCGGCAAAAAAUGGAAAGAAACAGCUUGAUGUUUAUUUUACAUCAAAGAAUGCACCAUGCCAGGGCGUUAUUGAAACGACAUUAUAACAAGAUUUUACCUGCCAUAAAACACGAGUAUCGUUAUAAAAUGCUUCCAUUUUCAUCUUCAUAAGUAGUGUCGUGUAUGAAGAUUCUUGACAUCAAUGAGAAAUCUUUCCGUGGUUAUUAAGAAAAGAAGGCGUAUAGAACAUUUGUUACAGUGUAAGUGCUUUUGAUCAUUUCUGUUUAAAAUAACUGUUUGAGGCAGAGAAGGCAAGUCCUUGAAGAUUUUCACUGUUUUUGCCAUUUAUUAAGAGAAUUUUUUUACUGUCUCUCCUAAACAUAAAGUACAAAGUUAAACUUAGACAACAGUGUCAUUUUGAAUCGUCAAUGACAGGUUUGCUAGGUAGCUUUGACAAUAUUUUUUGAAAAAUUAACUUUAUUUUCACCAAGUCUUGAGAUUGAAGGUUGAAAGGCGGUCCUGACUAGACGCCAUCUGCCAUGUUCACUAUGGAAUGCUCUGCGUCAUAGUAGCAUAUCAUUAUAAAUAGAUUUCAUCCUCUACAAGAACUUUGGAUUUAGAUUUUCAAAAGCCACAAUCAUGGAUAGCUUAGCAGACUCGCACCCCAUUUCUUUUGUCGGAAAACUUUUGAUAUCUCCAAGUGAACAGUUGAAUUUAUCAGCGUUUGUCUUUUUCGGUCGAAGUAGUCUAUUGUAUGAUUUAUCCCAGAUGAAAAUGCUGGCUUGAAAACUUGAAUAUUGCACAAAUCUAAUAUCUUUUCACUGAUACCCGAAUCCUUUGAGAACUUAGUACCUGAGUUGACGAGUAAAAUAUUCUUAUCAACAUGACUAAGAGCGGUUGUCGCUCAUUUUGCAGUUGCUAUAGAACAUACUAGGACAUGAAAAGCAAAAUGGUUCAAAUUAAUUCAACUCUGGAGUUUGAUAACGAGACUGCGAGGUUGCUGAAUAAACAAGGCUUUGACGACUAUGAAAAAGGCCUAAUAACCUUUUCCCUCAUCCUCCUGGUUUUGGCCGUAUUAUUUGGAAAUAGCCUUGUCAUUGGAAUAUUUUGCAAAUACAGACCAAUACGUACAGUUACAAACUAUUUCAUAGUUUCCCUGGCAACUGCAGACAUCCUAGUCGGACUUCUGUCGAUUCCUAUCUGGAUAACGUAUAUUCAUUAUGACCUCUUUGCAGAUGCACAUGGAAUGGAGGUUUAUCGAUUCUGGGUGUACAUUGAUAUCCUGACUGGUGUAGCAUCUGUGUUAAACUUGACCCUAGUCAGCAUCGAUCGAUACGUGCGUAUCACAAUGGGCCUACAGUAUUAUUCUCUCUUUACGUCUUGGCGUGUCAAGUGCAUGGUUGUUUGUAGCUGGAUGUAUGCAACGAGCAUGGCUUUAAUCAAAGCUGUUUUCUUUGAGUGGGAAAGGCCUAACUAUGAAAUCUUCAUUUUCACCAUGGGUUUUGGCCUACCGCUUUUUAUUAUGGGGAUUUGUCACUUCAGAAUAUUCAAAGCAGCUCAUUCUCAAGCAAAGAAAGUAAGGAGGCAAAGUAUUGUGUCCAUGGAUGACCAGAGACACGAACUGAAAGCUAUUGUUGUUCUUGUUAUCGUUUUAGUAUUCGUAAUAUCCUGGUCACCAUUUUUUCUAGUUAAUCUUUCAUAUGGCCUUUGUCAAACUUGCAAGAUACCUGGUGGUCUGAUCACAAUUUCAAAAUGGCUACACUAUUCUAACUCAGUCUUCAACCCAAUAAUUUACGCUAUGAUGAACAGGGAGUUCCGUUCGGCUUUUUGUGCAUUACUGUCGAGAAGAGCGUACCAGAUUCGAGCACACAAAUCAAGCAUCGCUUAUGACCCAUAUCUAACGCCUGGCUCCGGGUCGAAGGCAGUCGUCAUUUCUCUCGCUUCUUUGCCAACAGAGCAAACCAUUUCCCAACAAGGCCAGGACAGCCUGACGGAAAUCCCAGAAACCUGCGUCUAGACACUUUGUUUGAGGGAGCAGCUCAACGACAUUUUGGUCUUAUUAUUUUUAACUUUGUUGUAAAUUAUAAAGAAAUGAGGUAAUACUCCAAUGCUUGAAUUUUUGUUUUUUUCAUUAACCUAUAUGUUAAUUUGCUUUUGAAAACUUAAAAGCAACGAACAGAAUAACAGCAACGAGAGAAAUCAGCAUUGUAAUCAUAUAAAAAAUUUCCGA